AUGACGUCAUGUACGCCUUUGUUACGGAGUGUCUGGUGGAGGACAGUGAUCUGGAGUUUCCUGACCACGGCGUCACGUGACGUGAUAUCACAAUACUGCAGGUCCUGGGGUUACAAAAGGAGUGAGGGAGAGAAAUGUCUGUAUGUACCGAACGAACCGGAGAAGAUGUACUACCUCUUCAUAGAGAAACUACAGCUGGACAUCAUCUCACACUGUACCGUGUCUGACCGGGAGAUUCAUAUCAGGAUCAGUCAACGUUUUAGAGUCCCAGAGGAAAUACUAGUGUGGGACAAGGAAGCCAGAGAGCGAUAUAUGGAGUACGCUAAGAGAGGAACACAGACAGUCCACCACGCCCGGGGGAUGAUUGUAGGAUGUGCUGGGGCGGGGAAAACUACGCUCCUUAAACGUCUGCUAGGAUGCAGUGAAGAAGAUAUUAGAGAUAUAAAAUCUACAGAGGGAUUGGAGGUUCAUGAGGAAAUAUGUGAUAUAUGUGAUGAAACAAGAUCAUUAAAAGCAAGGAAAAGCCAGGAGAAUCGUGAAAAAGUAAAUACUACAAAUGUUGACUCUAAGACUCUGACAUUCUUUGACUUUGGAGGACAGUGUGCGUACUACGCCUGUCACCAGAUUUACCUGACCAGGAGAGCUUUCUAUGUUGUGGUGUUGGACGCCUCUAAACGUCUUGACCAGAAGGUGGAUAAGGCAGUGUGUGAUCAAGAUGGUAGCGUGUUCUCUGGUUGGACCUAUGGAG